UUCACGGACUUUGUUGUCCACGUCGACGACUGCAAGUUUCCCUGUCAUCGCUUCGUCCUCAGCGCCUGUUCUGAGUUCUUCGAAGCCCUGCUGAGAUGCGACAUGAGAGAGAGCAACGAGAAGCAGGCCACGGUCGUUGGGAUCAGCCCGUCCAUUUUCAGACUCGUGCUGGACGCCAUGUAUGGAAGUUGCACCGCUUUGACAGAAGAUAACAUGCUGGAAGUCUGGCAAGCUUCUAACCAAUUACAGAUAGAGUUCUUGAUUGAAAUAUGUGCAAAUUUUAUCCUAAAGUUAAUUAAUGUCAAAAACUUUUGGGAUAUCUACGUCACCGCGGAGUGCUUGGAUUGUGUCCAAGUUAUGAACGCCGUCAAAACGUAUCUUGUCCAAAAUUUCUUUGAAGUCGCCAACUCAAGUGAAUUUAUUCAAAUCAGCUUUGAUGUGCUCUCGAGAACACUUCCUGAUGACAAUUUGCCAGUUUGUACAGACUUUGUCGUGCAGUCCAUUCUGAAGUGGGUCGACGCCACAUCUGGACGC